CGAUAUGUUUUCGUUCAAUGAACAAAUAGCUCACACAUGUGUCAACAUCGUAAAAAUUACGCAAUAUCAUGCACGAAUGACGAAAGCUUGUCUGUUUCGAUAAAGAUGGGUAAGUUAGAAGGUAGAACUUUUCCAGUUGCUAUAAGUGAACCGAAAUUGUAGUAUAAUGACACGUCAUGGUCGUACCUAUACUGGGCCAGUCCUGUGGUUUAAACUCAAAAUGUGUUCGUUAUUUUCAUUUUUGAUGUGUUUUAGUGUGGUGAUAGUUUAUUGUGCUUCUGGUACGACACACGAAGGAGAAAAGUCAGCUUGCAUGAAAAAUUGCAUCCCAAAAGUAAUGAAUAUCUUUUCAAAGCGUGCAAAAGAGUCAACUUCGGAAACUCCGAAACCAAAGAAAUCAUCACCCAAGUUUUUCUCGGCAGUGAAGAAAUUCAUCAGUAAACCCAGAAAAGAUAAAAACCGCGACGUAUCAACAAAAGACAAGUCCAAAUCGUCUGGUCUUCAGUCACUUCUUGAAAAGCUCAAAAAAUUCAAAACGGGGAAACGAACACCAGCCAAUUGGUUUCAUAGAACCAGAGACAAAUCGAUAAACCCAAAAUUUGUACAAAACAACAAAAUGCCAGAUUCGACUCUGCCAAAAGACCACACUUUAGAAGAUGAUAAUACCGAAGAAGAAAAAUAUCAUACACCACUUUCAUCUCCUGAAGAAUAUACUACAGCCCCACAAUCUCCAGAUCCUACCACCGUGGAAAGUAAUGGCAUUGGAGAACAUAUUAUUAAAAAUCCGCAGACGUCGUCUAUUCACGAAUCUAACGAGAUUGCUUCAUCAUCCAAAGCACCAGCAAAUGAUUUAAACGAUCAUGCAACCGAAAAACCAACUGUAGCUGAAUACCUUCCUUUAACGUUGGAACAAGUUGUAAAAGACGCUGAAGACAAUUACUUACAGUAUCCUGAAAAAUUGAGCCCAUACUUUGACAGAAAAACUCUAGAAAUACAGAUAAACAAGGAUGAAUUUCGAAAAAUUAUAUUUUUUUGCCCUCGCGAAGAGUCAUCGCAAAAUCGAGCCUUGUACGAGAAUCGAGGAGAUUUUUCAUCCACGCAGCCUCGUUGUUCCAUUGAACCAAACCCAAUCAUUCAGAAAGUAUUUUUAGAUACAGAAAACGCAAAUGGAGGUGAAGAUUCUUCGGAUGAUCAAGAGCCUUGUGGGCCACCCACAAAGAAGGGUAAACUGUACUCCUAUGGAUAUAAGAUAAUUCUCAUGGAAGAAUACGAGGAAAUAAUGCAAGAAGAAACUUUCGAAGAUUCAGAAGUUGACUUGUAUUGGUUUUGCUAUGAUCAUAAACACAGAGAAACUUUAUACACUCACCACAAAAUAUACUCACCCAGGCUACUACAAGACAAGUACAUGAAAAAAGAACUCGCCAUGACCUUCGAUAUGAAAACCAAUGACGACGAUGAUCAGUUCAAAUAUAUUUCCAAAUCUCAUAAGAAACAGAAGAAUAUUUUUAAAGUCAUGCAAAAAACAUAUCAGUCGUCAUUCAAUGCUGGAGUACCGAGCUCAAACAACCCUCAAUUUCUGGUACCCUCAGAUGAUCUAGCAUUUGCAGUAUGGAAAAAGACUACCUAUCAUUACGUUAACGUGAGACCCAUGCACCAGAAACUUAUCAAAUUAUGGAAUUUGAUCGGUGAUCUUAUACGUGAUGACGCUGCAAAAUAUAAUGCCCCAUACGAAAUCUACACCGGAGCUUUCAAAGUUACAGACGGCAGACGAAGCAAAGCACAGUACGUUUACAAGCAUAGAAUCCGAAAACCAGAAAUUUGGAUAAAAAUUUUAUACGUUGAGGAUCGUCAACACAAAAGAUACGGCUUGGCUAUCCUAAUGCUCAAUGAUAUCACAAAAGACUCUCCCAUAAACUUGGAUGAAUAUUGCGAACGGGAUUAUUGUGUUAUUUCCUCGAGGCAGGAUGAAAUUUUCUCGGAGUUUAUCGAUGUGAGCCAUACUUUGCGUUGUUGCCAGAUAUCUGAAAAAAUCUUGGAACUUUUCAACAUUGUAUUGAACGUUGAUCAUGAGUUGGUAAUCGAAGGGUUGAUAGCUUCACAGUUCUGGCCGGAUUAGUCAAAAAAAUGUAGCAAUGUCAUUCUUUAGAAAAGUAAAGUAAAGGAUACUUUCAUCAAAUACUUUCAUCAAACAGCUUUCAGUAAGUAGUGUUUUAUUUUUCAAUCAUACGAGGAUACAGUCAUACAAGUACAAAAACCGUCUCAAGUAGAGUAAAUUGUCACAGAAAAGCCAUCAAAAUAAAAAUCAUUUCAAAAAAAAUCGAUUGUUCGUUUGAAUGCAUUCAAAAUUUUAAAAUCUUCAAAGGUUUUCAGAAAAAUCAAGAUUUAAAAAAACACUCAAAAUUGUUUUCAAUUCAUCUGACACGACACCCCUUUCCACGACUGAUUCAAUAGCUCAGUUCCAUUUUUUCGACGAUAACAAACGUUUCACAGUAAUUUCCACACAUUCUCAUACAGUUGAAAAAUAUUUACAAAUGCAAACGCGGUA